CGAUCCAUCUUUCAAUAUAUGUAUUUCUGCCUUACACGAAAACUAUCAUCGUACUCGCUUCCAACGAUGCGUGGCCAGCGUUCGUUUUUAUGGCUAAGAGGUUUGUCGCUCAUAAGUCAAACGUGAGAGAUCAAGGCUGUUCGUGUUGUUGUCAGUCAGGGAGCAUGCAUAUACCACAGGACACGGCGGCGGCUGCGGUAAUCUGAAGUCGGCAUCUAUGCCAAAGCCUGCGCCUCGUAAAUUGUGACAUAUUAGAGUAGAACAAAUGUCCAACAGCACGACUGAACCGUUACUAUACGGAGGGGGAAGCCAUCCGGUCAACCGAAAGUUCCGGGAUGCCUCAGAUUGGAGUUCGGACAAAGCGGGAAAUGAUGUUGCACGAGUCUGUUCACCGAGACCGCAUGGCUUCAAACGGUAGUUUUCAACCCGUCAUACCUGGGUCCUUUCACCAGUUGUAUGAAUUUUCGUACAGAAGAACGUACGGCCAGGGGGAGGUCGAGAAACAAAGCUUCCUAUGUAUACCGUAGUCGGGGACGACGAUUGAUGCUGAGAGCUAAUACCCACGGACUUCCAAGGCGAUGGUCUCUGUCAAAAUUGCCGAUGUGUGCGUGACGGUCUAUGUUGCGGUUGCUGCGGGUUGUGCCUUUGCCUGAAAAUGUCAGCGAGGUCGUAAAGACUUUUGACUCAUGAUAGGGUGGGAUGGGCGUCGGUAUCAUGUACUCCACGACAAGUAAUAGUUGCCGCAGCCUUCUGAGCCAAAGGAGAAAACGAUGCGGGCAUGAUUACAGCUCCCGCCGCCGGUCUUCCGUCGCCCACAGAUUGGAACGCCAGGAGAGUGAAUACGAGACGGAAGACAAUGCAGGAACAACAUGUACGAGUUUGUUGCAGCCCUUGAGACCAUUUCCCCUCACGGAAUGCGCCAUAGCACCGUAAGUUAUCUUCGGAAGAAAGAACAGGUGGCAGGUCA